AUGUCCUCGUACCAAGUAGUUAGAGAAGGCGCUAAACAAGUGAUUAAAUUACUGGAAAAAUUUCCAGAAGAACGUUUCAAAUAUCUGGUCUCAUUCAAGGCUACACAAUUAGAAAGAUUUAGCCGUAUUGCAGGUCUUCCAAUAUCUCAGAAGAGCAGUUCCGAAAUAGCUAAUAAUAAAGCUUCAAUAGAUGAAAUUAAAGAUAUAGUAAACAGAACAUCUGGUCCAUUAGGGCUUCAAAAAGAAAUGUUAAAGAAGAUGCAAGCUGCUAUCCCUCAUGAUCAAUUUUCAGAGGCUUCUAUGAAGGAUCAAAUUAAUGCAUUAUCAAAUUUAGUCGGUAAUAAGUAUAAGAAUUAUUAUGAAGUUGGUAACAAGCUUUACAAUCCUGCAGGAAACCCAGAGUAUUAUCAAAGAAUUAUUGAUGAUAUUCAAGGUAAAAAGAAAGAAAACAUUCUUGCUGGAUUAAGAACGGUAUUUAUGGGUAGGUAG